AUGGAUUAUGCGGCUUAUCAACGUAUCAGCAACACUACCGUAUCGUCCUUUGCUACCCAAAGACCUCAAGCUAUCGUUACACCAAUGACUGCUACUAUAACUGUCAGUGAGCCUGUAAACCAAGGAAUUACUCAACUAAGUACCAUUAGUGACACUACUAGUAUUACUACUGCUGGUAUUAAUAGUAAUAAUUAUGGAAAUGUUUUGGAUCAUCAUAUAACAGCAAUGAUCGAUAAUUCACAUUCAACAAUUACCGAUUCCGAUUUGAUGGAAACAAAAAAAAUUGACGUCACUGAUGAAAAUAAUCAGCAAUUUUCACCAUUUCUAACAAUCACUGAUUAUUCUAUUAUAUCAUCAACAAAAAGUCAAAGUUGCUUAUCACCGGUUAUUGAAGAUUCGAAUUCAUCAGAUAACAAUAGUUAUCUAACCACAGAUUCCAUCUCGACAGUUGCAUCCAUUUCGUCAUCAGCUAGAAAUGUAAAUGCUUCCGAAACAACAAUCCGUUUAAUUGCACCAUCGGAUACCGUUUCAUCUUCCAUUGCUACUUCACAUUUAUCAUCAGCCAAAGGUGAACGUAUGGUAUCAUCAAGUAAGUCUACUUCAUCAUCACCAUCAACUCACUCAUUAUCCAAUCGAAAUAUUACUGAUAAACGUCACUCUUCUUCCACACGUAUGACUAAUUCACGUACAAAUGAAUCCUUAACAAAGUCAGAAUUAAUUACAAACACUGGGACGAAAGUGUCACGCACGAGAUUACAUCGUUCACCGAUCAAUCAUUCAACGACGAAUGCAAAUGGUUCAAAUGUGACCACUAAUAGUAAUAUUGUGGAAAAUAUGCGUAAAGUUCUCGAAAGUCGUCUAAAUAUAACAUUGCCAUCAGGGCGAUCACAAUUAUCAGCUUCAUUAGCAGAUGGUGUUAAAUUAUGUAACUUUGCUAAUCGGAUACGUUUACGUGCGGUGAACAGUUUAUUUACGCCAGUUUCCGAGGAGUUGCCGUUAUCAUCACCAAAAUGCCGGCGUAAUGUUAACAGUUUCUUGGCAGCAUGUCGACGGAUUGGUGUUCCCGAG